CGGCAAGCCAGAUCUGGUCCACAUCGGGAUUCUUCAAUGGCCACAAUCUUCCCCCGAUACCGGUGGAGGAGGCCGAGGAGUGUAUUGCUCUGACUGCUCUGAAGGCGGGGAUAUACAGCCUGAAACUCAGAGAGGCCAGGCAGGCUAAAGAACAGGGCCUGCUGAUGGCCAAGGAAACAGCUGAGAAGGCCGUGGAGGCCGAACGGCGAGCAUUCGCCGAGGAGCGGAAGAGGCUGGAGGCUGAGGCCGGGGAGCUCCGUGUCAAGGUGGGCUCUCUCCAGGCCAAGAUCGCGGCAGCUGAGGCCGCUCAGGUCAAAUUUUCUGAGGCCCCUCCUCAAAUCCCGGACGGCCCGGCUGAAAUGUUAGUUGAUCUAUCUGCCGUCCGGGAUUCUUUUAAAGCUUCCGAGGAGUUUCUGGCUCUGAAGGAAGCAUACGCCACUGAACAGCUCCCCGCUGUCUUCGGGAGGCAUCUGGAGAGACUGGCCGGGGAAGAGCGCCAGAAGGAGGGGAUCAGGGUGCUUGAUCAGCACCCUAUCACCAAGGAGUGGGCCGAUAAUCUUGCCAGGGGAGUCUACAACUCAGGCUGUCAACACAUGCUCCAGCCUCUCCUCCCCCUCUUAGAAAAACAGCUGGGCCGUCCGGUGCAGCCCUCUGACUUCCCCUCUGACCUCCAUCCGGGUCACCUGAACGCCCUAAUGGCACAGAUGAAAAAGUGCCGGCGAGCCCUGGGGAUGGAGGUGGUGCAAAUUGAUGAGGCUGAUGAAGACGAUGAUGAAGAUGAUGAAGAUCACCCCGAACAGUAGAUUAGACGUUAUCUGUAUUUACUUUCCUUUGAAUCAGUAGUUUUUGUACUUUCCGGCCAGUAG